AUGGCUCGGUGUUGGUCUAUAGAAGGGCUAGAGCUAUGGGUGAGGCAUGGCCUAGAUGGCCUAUUAUUUGUGGGUGAGGGCUUAUUGGUAGUGUUGAAGGGUUGCAUUGGCUAUAAGGGCAUCGAAAGAAGGACUACGUCGGCUAUAAGGGUUGCAAGGGAGAAAAGGUAUUGUUGUGGUGAGCUAGCACACGAGGUGAAGGGAGUCUUGCUAGCAUGUUGGUGUUUGAGGGAAGGUCCGGCUAUGGUUACUUUAAGCUGUUAUGGAAGGCAAUGCAAGGCAUGCAAAGCUAUUAUGUUAGGGGCACUAGGCUUACAUGUGAGAGAGCCUAUGGUAUUGGCUAUAAGGCCAUCCAAGGCUACUAUAAAAAACAAUGUGGGUGCAUUAGCUCGUAAGGUGUACAUGCGAGGCUACUGGCCUAAUGAGAUAAUCACACGAGGCUCCUAG